GGGAAGAACGUUGUUUACCAUGGCGACGGAGACGCUACCGUUUGUCGUUAACAGACACAAAGUGCCUGUAACGUUGUUUAUUUUAAUGUACAUCGACCUCCUGCGGUGCCAGCCGUUCACCAUCCCCUUCAGGACUCCAUCAGACUGCGGCGCGGAGGAGUUUUUCGAUAUUUCGAGUUUGUCGUGUGUGAGGUGCGGUCCAAAUCAGCGGCGGAGCACAACAGGACUGAGCUGUGUCUGCCAGAGUGGAUACAAAACUGUUACCACUGAUAAAGCGUCCAUUUCUUGUGAGAAAUGUCUCCCAAACAAACCGGGCGUCACAAAAGAUGGGUUUGGUUGUAUUCGCUGUCCAGGCAGCCUCAGUAAUGACGGAAAGUGCCAGUGCCCCCCUGGUGAUGUCCUGGUGGAAAGAGAUCUCAAUGGAACCCUCUUGGAAGAGGCCAGGUGUGAAACAUGCGAUGAAGACAGUCCUGCUUUGUCAGUACCAAACAGGAAUGGAGACAGGUGUGAGAGAUGUCUGGCUGCCUACGUUAAUACCUCUUGUGCAUGUAAAUCUCCUAACGUCCCGGGAGGAGGUUUAUGUUUCCCUCCUGGUAUCCUCUCCACCAAUGUCAAUCCCACUGUCACUUAUUCUCAGUUGAAGAUCAGUGUCCAGUCAGCCUGGUUCCUGGAAAACCUCUACUCCUCUUCCUCAGCUUGCCUUGGCUUCUCCAACCUGACGGCGUGUCAGGCUCUUGGAAACAUGUGUGUGAUGAACAUGCACUCUUUCAGCAGUGCAUCUACAGAUGCCUGUGGACUCUUCAACACCAUCUUCAGAUCCAUGGCUGCUUUGAGCUCAACCCAAGGCAUUUCUUACUGGAGAGCUAAAAUGCCGUGGCUUUAUUACGGGGAUGAACCAGGACUUGCCAGUCGCGUGCUUCAGACUGAUCCUGUUCCAAUUGGGUUUAGCUUCAGAGGUAAAAACAAGAACACAGACUUUAGACUGCUUGCUGCUGUCUACAAUGUCAGAGGAGAGUUCCUCAGAUGGGAGCAAGCAGGAGGACAAAAUCUGCAGCUUUGUCCACAGCCAAAAACCAAACGGGCAGCAGCCUUCAGCUUUGGGACAGCUUACAAAGAAAGUUGUGUUCUCUCAGUAGCACAGCUGUUUGCCACCCACCCCGAACCCUUGUUCUAUGACGUCUUCCUGGACCUCGGUGGAGGAGAAAACACAAAACUUCUACCCCUGCCCACACUGAUCCAGAACCAGCAAUACAAUGGACGAUUCAUCAACCAAGAGAGCAUGAACAACUGGUACUUGUCUCGACGAAUGUUUCUCGUCGACACCCUGAGCGGAAGAGAAAAGAGCACAAGUUCUCAGCCUAAAGCCAUCCGUGUAGCCAGCAGUGUUAAAAUAAGGUUUCAGUUGGUUCCACGAACCCAGGAAGGGAAGGUGUUCCCCCCUCUAAUGACUGUGACCUACACAGAUGUUCUCAUCACGGAUCUCAACACUCAAACUGUGGCUACAACCUUUGCUGUAGAGUAUGAGAUGGAUCAGAGUGAGGCUCGCUUAAAGACAGAUAUUGCUCUGGGUGUGUUGGGUGGGGUGGCCGUGCUCUACUCCCUGCUGAAGACCAUCAGCUGGAAGAGGAGGAUUGCAUCUUCCCUCAUUGAUCUGGAGACGAUGGUGAAGUUUCUGUUGUUUUAUGCUGGUGACCUGGCCAAUGUUUUCUUUGCUGUCACUGUGGGAACUGGACUCUACUGGCUUAUCUUUUACAAGGCCCAACAGUUUGUGUCAGUCCUGUUACCACUGCCGGCUCAGGAGGAGCGGUUUGUGACAUACAUCGGCUGCGCCUUUGCUCUAAAGGCUGUCCAGUUUCUCCAUAAGCUAGUCCUGCAGGUGACGGUUGAUAUAUUUCUCAUUGACUGGGAGAAACCACGAACUAAAACUAACAGAUCUGUGCCAGUGAGUGGCGAAUCAAAACAUGGCACCUCGCCGGUCAGCAUCUGGAGGACUUACUUUGUGGCCAAUGAAUGGAACGAGAUUCAGACAAUCCGAAAGAUCAGUCCGACUUUUCAGAUCAUGACUGUGCUUUUCUUCCUUGAGGUGCUGGGCUUCUCGAACCUGGCCUUGAGGGACCCCUGGUCAAAUUUACAGCGAUCUCCCGAAGAAUACACCCCCUCAUACAGCCUGACACUGCGCUAUGGUGUGGCAGCCACGCUGUGGCUCUGCAUUGGACUUCUGCAGGUGAUUUUCUUCACUGUGUUUUAUGCACACUUUGUGGAGAACAAAAUCCGUCAGUUUGUAGAUCUCUGCUCAGUCAGUAAUAUUUCUGUGUUUAUCUUAUCAUAUCGCUGCUUUGGGUACUACAUUCAUGGCCGUUCGGUUCAUGGACAUGCAGAUACAAACAUGGAGGAAAUGAACAACAAUUUGAGAAGAGAAGCCGAGUCACUGUGUGCUCAGAGGGGUUUACUCCCCAACACAGAAGUCCAGACCUUUCAGGUGUCUCUUACCAGCCGUCUGGGGGUGCACUAUAAAAGAAUACAGGAAUCAAUCAGCAGGAGGAACCAGCCAUCACGACUAACAGACGCAUCCACGCUCAGCUCGCUCGAGCCGCACUUCAAAGCUUACCAGGCCAUGAACCACUUCCUGGGAUCUGUUAUUGACCAUGCCCACUCUGACAUGGACUACAUAGUGAAGGACAAGCUGAUGUUUGAGAGUGUCAUAGGGAUGGAGUUUCUUGAACCCACUGAGAAGAGCAUCUUUUACAAUGAUGAGGCGCACACCUUCAGUAACGUGCUGUAUUAUGGAAACGAGGCCACACUGCUGAUCUUUGACACCUUGUUCUUCUGUGUCGUCGACCUUGGAUCCCAGAGCUUUGUGCUUGCAGCUGUGCUUACAUACGUGCAGCAAGUGAUAUUUCGCUUUUUGCGUAACAGUUUUGGAAGGAAGAACCUUGCCAACAAGACUCUGGUGGAUGAGAGGUUCCUAAUUUAAAAUUUGUUGCUAAAUAGUUGAUAUCAUCUUUGUUAAUUAGCUGCAUUUCUUUCACAGAUAUUUACUGUUUACAGAUUCUGUCCUUUUUGGUGGUGGUUUUCACUGCUGAUUUUGAUGUAAAUAUUCAAAUUUUUUGACAUAUUUUUGAUGUUUUUGUAUUGAUUAAAUGUUUUUUAUGACAUGAAAA